CGUUGUAAAAUUUAUUGCGGCACAAGUCUUUGCUUUGCAACUGCUCUUAAUUUUUCUAGUGAAACGUGAGAAUCUGAUGCAAUUUUAGCAAAAAUAAAAAUUAUAAAUUAAUAAAUAAAUAGCUAUAAAAUCACCAAAAAAUCUUUAACACAAAAAUGCCAGCUGACGAGAUGGCCAACUUAACGUUGGGAGCUAUAUAUACUUCCGAAAAGACUGGCAGCGAUGAAAAUGGUGAUGGUUCCGAAUUGAAGCCAUACAAAACCAUUUUGCAAGCCAUGAGACAUGCUGGCAAGGAACCUUUCCCUGUCAUCUAUGUCGAUAGCAAAGACCCUGAAGCGGCUGAAAAAUAUGAAGCAGCUGCCAAGUCUCAAUUGAAGAAAAUCCAAAAGAUUUGGGUACGUGAAAGUUUUAAAAAUGCCGAUAAGGAAAAACGUGAGGCUGAAGACGCUGAGAAGCGUAAACAAAAUUUGGAUGAAGCCAAAAAGAUUGUCAUCUCUGAAGAUCCCAGCUGGCCGGCAGCUGAAAAGAUACGCAUCUUUGAAGGUGCAGAAAACCGUGAAAAACGUGUAAAGAUCUUUGGUUGGGUUCAUCGUUUGAGGCGUCAAGGCAAAGGUUUAAUUUUCAUUACAUUGCGUGACGGUACUGGUUUCUUGCAGUGUGUAUUGCAUGAUCGUUUGUGUCAAACUUAUGAUGCUUUAACCCUGUCUACUGAGAGUUCAGUACAAUUGUUUGGUACUCUUAAACCUGUGCCAGAGGGUAAAUCGGCUCCGGGUGGUCAUGAAUUGCAUGUUGAUUAUUGGAAAUUAAUUGGAUUGGCUCCUGCCGGCGGUGCCGAAAGUAUUCUCAACGAAGAGGCUCAUUCCGAUGUUCAACUCGAUAAUCGUCAUAUUAUGAUUAGAGGUGAAAACACUUCGAAGAUAUUAAAAAUGCGUUCGGUUGUAAUGCAAGCAUUCCGUGCCCAUUACUUUGAUCGUGGUUAUUGUGAAGUUACCCCUCCAACAUUGGUACAAACUCAAGUUGAAGGUGGUUCUACACUUUUCAAAUUACAAUAUUUCAGUGAAGAGGCCUAUCUUACACAAAGUUCUCAAUUAUAUUUGGAAACAUGUUUACCAGCGUUAGGUGAUGUUUUCUGUAUUGCACAAAGUUAUCGUGCCGAACAGAGUCGUACUAGACGUCAUUUGGCUGAAUAUACACACAUUGAAGCUGAAUGUCCCUUUAUCACUUUCGAUGAUUUAUUAAAUCGUUUGGAAGAUCUUGUCUGCGAUGUUGUUGAUCGUGUUUUAAAAUCUCCUUGGGGUCAUUUGGUUCAUGAAUUGAAUCCUGAUUUUAAGGCACCCAAAAAACCAUUCAAACGUAUGAACUAUGCCGAUGCUAUUAAGUGGUUAAAGGAAAACAAUGUUACCAAAGAUGAUGGUACAUUCUAUGAAUUCGGUGAAGAUAUACCAGAGGCUCCGGAACGUAAGAUGACAGACACCAUUAAUGAACCCAUUAUGUUGUGCCGUUUCCCCAAAAACAUUAAAUCUUUCUAUAUGUCUGCUUGCCCUGAGGAUCGUGAGCUUACCGAGAGUGUUGAUGUUUUGUUGCCAAAUGUUGGCGAAAUUGUAGGCGGCUCCAUGAGGAUUUACGAUAAUGAGGAAUUACUUAAGGGUUAUGAACGUGAGGGUAUUGAUCCCAAGCCCUACUAUUGGUAUACCGAUCAACGUAUCUAUGGUGCCCAGCCUCAUGGUGGUUAUGGUUUGGGUUUGGAACGUUUGCUCUGUUGGUUACUUAACCGUUAUCAUAUUCGUGAGGUAUGUUUGUAUCCACGUUUCUUGGACAGAUGCAAACCUUAAGCAGUUUACAACAUAAAAGGGAUUUUAAUUUAAAUAAAAAAAUAAUAA